CUCCAUACAGGGAAAAACAGCUGUUCUUCUUUAAAGCGAGAAAACAUAAUCAUUGAACGGUUAUUAAAAUUAAAAUUUUAUAACUUAAAACCAUAUUCAGCGAAGACUUAAAGCCCCUAAGCAUGUACCAAAUACGGACACUGCGGCUACUGCCAAAGAAUAGCAUGGGCCAAAGCUGGAAACUGGCCACCGUAGAUUACACAACAGCCGCAACGAGGCCGGCAUCAUCUGGAACUGGAACUGAGCAAACAGAGACAAUAGUGAUUCCCAAACGCAUCCAACGUUCGCCGACAGAUUUGUUGCAGUCUCUGGCUAGUACCGUGGGUCGAGAUGCAACAGCGCCGCAUUUCAAAUACAGUGACGAUCCCUUCCUCAUUCCCAUGUCGAAUGUGGCCAAACGCACAUAUGCAAUGUCAAAGGAGGCAGGCCGUAAGGCAGCAAAGUGGAUUAAGGAAGAGCAUCGAGAACUAUUUCUGCAUCAAGAAGCUCAACCAGCUAUAGAAAAGUUUGCUCCUCGUUUAAUUUUCUCUGAAGAUUCCGAAGUCGACGAGGUCGUCUUAAAAAAACUAAUUGAACAAGGACAACUUUCUGAUGCUGUGUUUGUCUACAAAUUACUAGAAGAAAAGGGAGUUCAAAUUAGUAAGGAAUUGAAACAGAGUCUACUGGAAAUGGUGUGUUUUUUCAAUAACCAAGAGCCGUUGUCAGAGGAGUAUAUAGAAGAGCGAUGGUUUCUACAGAAUAAUCGUAGACGGGAGCGUGGUGUAGGUAAAACCUGGAAAGAUGGAGAUUUGGCGGAAAACUUAUAUGCUUCAAUAGAACCAAAGACUCCGCAAGCAUAUGCAACAUUAAUACGCGGUAUGGCCAAAUAUUUACAAUGUGAACGAGCCUAUGCUCUGCUGCAAGAAGCAGGCGAAAAGGAAAUAAUAUUGGAUACCAAUACCUUCAAUGCGGUUAUACAAAUAGUCAGCCUGUUAAAAGACACAGCAGAGCAGCGUUGGCAAUUAACCCAGGACCUAUUACAGCAAAUGGCUAAACAACAACUGAUACCCAAUUUGGGAACUUUAAACGCCUUGCUCGAAUGCAUUAGCACUUUUGGCAACUUCAAAUUAGCAAGACAGACAAGCCUUCAAGUUCUAGCCGAAUUCAAGGAGUUAAACGUAAGUCUCAGCUUGGGUUCUUACUAUUAUUUGCUAAUUAUUUUCUGUCGCGAACGUGGACCUGUUUCUCACAUUAUUGUGGAUAUAUUAAAUGAAAUUUCGGGCAAAGAAUUCUCGAUACAACAUCCCAAGGAUACGUAUUUCUUUGCCACUGCCAUGGAUGUGUGCCGGAAUCAUUUACAUGACAAAGUUCUGGCCAAGAAGGUCAACGAUUUACUACAUACGGGAAAAAACUACGAUUUGAUUGGUGACUCCUUUAAGGAAUCAGUUUAUUACCGUCACUAUUUGGCUUUGUUGUGUCAAACUGAAACAGUAGAUGACUUUAUGGUAACUUACGAUUUGAUAGUUCCCAAUAUAUACAUACCUGAGCCGGGUAUUAUGGAGGAAAUUCUUCGCUCAUUGGAGAUUAAUGGCUCUGUAGAGCAAAUACCCCGUAUUUGGUCGGACAUGGUCAUUUUUGAUCACACACAUCGUGAAAGUCUGUUACUUUAUGUUCUAAGGAUUAUGGUAGACAAUCACAGGCCAGACAAUGAACAAUUAUCUGCUCAAUGCUGUCAGGUAGCUUUGGAUAUGUACCAGAAAAUUGAGGAACAAACAAGUGCCGCAGGAAAACGAAACUUGCGGAAGAAUUUCGUUUCAUUUACGGGGCAAAUGCUGGGCGAUAUUCUUACCUUAAUUGUCAGAGGAGGCGAUGUCAACCACUUUGAACAGGCCAACGAAGUAUUUAAUUAUAUUGAUAAAAAUCAACAUAGUAUACCCGGGACACCCAGUGAUGUAGCUUUGCAGGAAUACGUUAGAUCUUGUGUUCAUCAUAAGGCGCCCACUCAGUCUUUGUUGGUGCUACAAUAUGCCGUAGAAAAUAACAUGGAAUCAUCGAAAUUAGCACAGAUUAUUCAUCAGGGAUUUACUCUCAAUGAAAUACAUUUAGCUAAACUGAAAUCCCUAGUGGGUGACAUGGACUCUUUGUUGUUAAAAUAAUCGCUUGUUUAAUAAAUUUGUAUAUUGUAUUUUUAUCAAUAAAUAAAUGCCCCCGGUUAAUACUUCUGGUUA